ACUCAUUAACUUGUGCAUGGAACAACCUUCUUAUGCUUUCUAGUAUGCUGCUUGGCUAGGUCAUGAUUAGUUCCUGCUGGAGCUUGAAAAUUGAAACUCCAACAAAUUGGGCUGUGAGAAGACAAUUGUAUUGGGCUUACAAGUCUUCAAUAUAAUAGCCGAGAGUUAAAUACAUGUGGAAGGCGAAUAGCUUAGACUUUCAUUCUCGGGAAUUGAGGGUUUUAUACCUGGGAUCUCCAGGUCUCAGCGUGUGGUUUCACUGCUGGAUCAAGUUCUCCGGGGUUUUCCAUCAAAAGAAAAUCGGCUCUGGUAGGUUUAGAUGGUGGUUGGAUUGAACCAUCAGCCCCUUAAAGAUGGUAAGGGAAAACGAAGUAGCUUACUGUUUUCAAUUCAAUGCGUGUGUUUUGAUGAUGCCUUUUGAUGAUUUGCUAAGACAUGGGGCAUGAAACUCAAGGGGGUUGAGAGGACAAAUAUCGGCGUAUGUUUCUCUUUCAAGUAAAUCCCAGUUCGCAGA